AUGGACCCAAUUCAGUUUCUCGAAAACGUGAAAACUAUCACAGUAGAAAAAAACUUCUCGUCGUGGCAAAAGAAAAUGGGAUACGCUAAUCUCCGUGCUUUCAUGGAGGAUAAAUCGAAAUACUCCGUGUUAUCAGGUGUCGACUUUGAUUGUGGCUGGACCGACCCCAAAUGCGCGCCGAAAUUAGUUCCGAAAUGUGGCAUCUUGCGCACCUCGGGCUACUUGCACAACGGACCGUGUGAGGUAUGGCUCAACAACAAGAAGGUGUCAUCUGCUCAAAAUUGCCACCUCGCCUUUAAUAAGGCAACCCACUGUAUCGACUACUCGUCGUGCAAGGGCACAUGCACACUUUAUCAUUACUGGUUGGCUGAGCGCGAGUUAAAGGGUAAGCCUUCGUGGCAGGUGUACAAGGCUUGUGUUUCUCUGACGGAUGGUGGCAAAACCGUGGAACCCUCUAAAUGCACACCGAUAGGUGCUGAUCCAGAACCAUAUACUCAAAGCUGA